AUGGCAGCUGCUUUACAGAAGGCUCAAACGCAUGAUGACCGAGUGCAUGGAGCUCGCAAAGUGAAAGUCACUAUUUUGGGAUCUGAAUGGGGACCAAGUAAUGAGGGACUUUCCACCAUAAACAGAGAAUUAGCCAUUCAGUUAGCCAAGUGCCCUGAAGUGGAAAUCACUUUCUUUUUACCAAAAUGUAGUCAAGAGGAUAAAAAAGUAGCCCUAGAUCACAAAGUAGAGAUCGUAGAGGCAACGCCUAUGCCUGGCUUUGAAAAACUGGAUUGGCUUUGCUUUCCGCCGAAAGAUUUGCAAAUCGACAUUAUCGUAGGUCAUGGAGUUAAACUCGGUAAACAAGCACAAGUCAUUAAAGACCUUAAAACGUGCAAAUGGUUCCAAGUGGUACACACAGACCCUGAGGAGCUUGGGAUGUUUAAAAACUUUUCUAAUCCAAUUUCAGAGGGGGAAGAAAAACACAAGACCGAAGUAGAACUGUGUAAAAUGGCUGACCAUGUUGUAGGAGUUGGUCCCAAGUUGAGCGACGCCUUUCGCUCAUAUCUUCGUGGCUGUAAAAAAGAUGACCAUGUUCUUGACUUCACUCCUGGGGUACUUGAAGAGUUUGAGGCUGUAAAUCAGGAUCCUAGCGAGAGGCAGCAACGCAGUGUCCUGGUGUUUGGUCGUGGAGACGUAGACGAUUUCAAAUUAAAAGGGUUUGACAUUGCCGGGAAGGCGAUUGCCGCCUUACAAGAUACUCGUCUUAUGUUUGUUGGGGCAUCGGAUGGAAAACACGAAGAAAUAGCAAAGCGGUUAAUCGAGUGUGGGGUUCCUGCAAGUCGACUGAGAGUAAGAGGAUUUGCUCAAGACCGAGAGAGUUUGAAGCGCUUAUUCCAAGAAGUGGAUCUUGCAGUCAUGCCUUCGAGAACAGAGGGCUUUGGACUAACAGGACUCGAGGCAAUGUCAGCUGGUCUCCCUGUGCUGGUCAGUCGCAAUUCUGGUUUUGGAGAAGCACUGCGCAGUGCAGCUUUUGGUUCAUCAUUUGUAAUUGACUCAGAGGACCCAGCAGUGUGGACCGUAGCCAUCCAGAAUAUCUUGUCCAAGGACAGGGAAUGUCGACUUGACGAAGCGGUGACCUUGCGUGAUUCCUAUGGCAGGAAAUACAACUGGGCCAAACAGAUAAAAGAGUUAGUUGACAAGAUGAGCAGCCUGACUCAUGGUAGGAAUGUCAAUUAUAUUUUCUUCAGUGGCACAUUAUCAGGUAACAAUAGGGAGAAAAAUCAAAAGAGACAGAAAUAGGAUUGCUUGCAAGUUUUGCCCUGAAGUCUUGAUAAAAAUGUUCUUGAAUACCUAUUUGAACCUUAUGUUAAAAACAGCAAAACUGUAACGUUUGUAAUUUUUCAGGUACAUUGUUUUCAGCGAAAUGGUUUGUGGAGAGCUGUCGUCAUACCCUUCGGUCAUAGGCUUUAUCUGCAGCACUUCACACUUAUGCUUAUAGUUAUGUUUUCUCCAUUUUGUAGCAACAGAAGAUUCUCGUAAGGCCCGGAGCUCCUUCGAAACAAAGUGCAACGCCUCUCAGAGGAUGGAAAGCAUGACUGAGGACCAUGAAGGUAUCUUCGUAGAAAGCAUGCGUAGAAAUCAUUUCUUUCUGUUUUUAACCAAGUGGGAGAAGCGCGGGAGGCGUGCGAGGGCGAGCAAAAAGUAGGGACGGGGAGAGAAACGAAACGUCGGCCGCUGAGCUUCUAUCCCAGGAAUACACAACCUAAUAUAUUAUGCCCAACAAAUGUCCGCCCGGAGAGGAAUGUGCACACCUGGAAUUGACUAAGUUAAGUUGAUUAAGUUUCAAAGAGAUUAUAAUUGUAACCACUGAGCUUGUUUUUGCGGAGCCUUCAACAGAAAUUGACAACAACCAAAGAACAAACUCUUAUCACAACGAGCAGCUUGUUUCAGAAACGUCACUUAGUAGUGACUGUGAAAUGAAAGCUGAAGCUGCACCAGGAAAUCCGACUAAAAUAUCCACGAAUAUAGACUCUCCCUUUCAUAAUAGCCGUAAGCGUAAAAUGUCAGAAUUCUCUUGUAAUCCAGAUAUGCAAAAACAUGAGUUGUUUCUUUUGCUAUUGCUGACUAGUGCACUACUAUACCUAAAGGGGAGAAGUGACUGUUAGAGCAUUCAAAGGUACUUUUUCGUACAGGACGUGAUACCGUUUUUGCUCGUACUAUAGACGUGUAUUAUUUAGAACAGUAAAAGUUAUAUAGCCCCGAUACCAACGGACGCUUGAUGUGCGUCAUUUUCAUCAGCGGUUAAAAAAACGUUUUUAAAUAAGUAUUUAAAUAUAUAAAAGAUACAAAUAUGGCGAGCACUAAAAUUAGAAAAAUUACUUUGCGUACUAAAACUGUACUAACUACAUAAAACCUACUAAAAUCGAGUGAAAACGUUACAUCAAAUUACGUAAAAGCUUUGUGGAACGAAAAUGGCUCGAGUGCCUUCUUAAAAAUCAGGGGCACCCAACGACUGUUUUCUGUAAUAUAUCUGUUGGGAGAAAUAUAUAUUGCUUAGUAUUUUCUUUUGCUUGAAUACGGCUAAUAAUUUCUAGAUGAACGUUACAUUCAGGUACUAUUUUCCUAGCUUAUCUACAAAAUUCCCUUCGAUUUUCUGAAGUUUAAUUUUUUCAUAUUUUACUUCCUAUGUUAAGAUAAUUUUCGUAGAAAAGGAAACGUAAAAUUUUCGGAUUCAAAAAUGUGAUGGGGAGAGGAAUAAGAAAAAUUAUCACUCUUGUAAAACUUUCAAUUACAUCUAAACUUUUCGGGGAAAUAACACAGUAGCCCUUGAAAUUUCGAAAAUCCUCCAAUUCCCGUAGGAUGACCGAAUAGAGACAAAUUUUAUAGCGCCACUUAGAAUACAUUUCUAGAGAUCUAAUAGUACUCUGGAUAGCCUAAAAAGGCUUUUCAGUGCAUUUAGGAGGAAACCGUCGUUGGUUGCUCCUGAAAAUGGCAAUUGGGGGGCUUCUCUAUAUCGCAAAAGGAAAUAAAUUCGAAAGUUUAGGAGCAGCAACAGCAAAGGAGCGAUCUCCUAACGUGGUUUAAGUCCUGAAUUCUCCGCUACGCCGUUAACAAUAUCGUAGUGACCAAUAUUUUCAAAAAUAUAUGCGAACAAAAUUCCCAAUUUUGAAAAUUGUAUCUUUGAUCGAAUUGCUAUAAGCAGUAACAUUUCUUAGACAUUCAAGUAUAUGUCUAAUAUUGUGAAUCUGUGAUAUCGCCCUAAAGUUUCCUUGUGGGGGCUUGGAUGAGUUUGUUAAUGCUUUUUGGCUGUGGUGAAUUUGCUUGAGUAGACAUUCUGUAAUAAUGAAUACCUUGACAAGAGCCGUCUUUUAACUGCAGGUACUUCAAGUGAGGAUAGCCGAAUCUUUUUUAAGAAUUAUAUGCCCUCCAACAUAGCUGAAGAUGAAGAAGCAUCUUUCCUGGGAAAGGAACCUCUUAACAGCUGGAUUAUACAAAGUAUUCCAGGAUCAACUUCUAGUACA